CGGCGUAUGAUGGCGAAUUAGGACAGCAAGACCUAGAGCAGGGACCGGCUCGGUUUAUUAUAUGUGUAUUUCGGGAGCUGCUUCCGAAAGCGGAGCACAUCGGGAAGGAGUGUCCGGAGGACCUAUGGCGUUUGGUGGCCACCAGCUGAUGUCUCUGGUUGGGGCUUCGGUGUCGCCUGCGACCUGGCGGGGUUACGGUGUGGUGCGCCCGGCGGUCUGGUUGGUUGGCCACUCGUACAUUUUCUGGGCGGCUCAAAGGGCGGAAUGCAGGCCUGGCGGUCGGAUGCUGGGAUUCCGUGAAGUGGAUGUAUCCUGGAGGGGUAUCCGUGGUCUUAAAUGGUCACAGCUUCUUACUGAGGUGGUUGAUAUUGGUUUUCAUUCCAGGGGUCCGGUAAUUCUUGUCAUUCAUGCCGGUGGCAAUGACCUGUGUCUAUCACGCUUGGCUGAGCUCAUGACCCUCAUGCGCUCCGACAUUGAGAGGUUCUCGUCCUUCUUUUCCGAGAUGGUACUGGUGUGGUCCGAAAUCAUUCCCCGGGUGGUGUGGCACGGUGCCAGGGAUGCCGAGGCUGCCGAGAAAUGUAGGAGGACGGUCAAUUCUCGCAUGUCCCGGUUUGUUCGGUCCCGUGGUGGGAUUGUGGUGAGACAUCGCCAACUAGAAGGCGACAAUAGAUCCCUGAUGAGGCCCGAUGGAGUUCACUUGACUGAGAUUGGGCUGGAUAUCUUUAUUUCUGGCUUGCAGGAUGGUAUUGAGCAGGCCAUGUUUUUGCUGGGUGGUGGUCGGAGCCCCGUGUAAGGCUGCGGGUCUCCUCCGUGGCGGCAAUUGUUACAGCGGAGUUUUGGAAAUGGCUGAUGGCGUACUUGCCCGCCGGGAGACCGGCGGUUGGCAUACCGCUCCAAGUUGUUAUUUGGUUUU